CAGGAGCAGAGGAGGACCUGCCCGGCGGCUGCUCUUUCCUCCUCCUCCUCCUCCUCCUCCGCCUGGAUGCGAGAGGAGGCUCCUGAAGAGCCGGCGCCCAGCGGCACUCAGCAGCUGGAGGCAGCAGCAGGAGGAGGAGGAGGGUGCUGGAGCUGGCCAUGGCCUCCAACUUCAACGAUAUCGUCAAGCAGGGCUAUGUGAAAAUCCGCAGCAGGAAGCUGGGGAUUUUCAGAAGAUGUUGGCUGGUUUUCAAAAAAGCUUCUAGUAAAGGACCCAGAAGGCUAGAAAAAUUUCCAGAUGAGAAGGCAGCAUAUUUCAGAAAUUUUCACAAGGUAACUGAGCUGCACAACAUCAAAAACAUAACUAGACUGCCUCGGGAGACAAAGAAGCAUGCAGUAGCAAUUAUCUUUCAUGAUGAGACGUCAAAGACAUUUGCCUGUGAGUCAGAGCUUGAAGCAGAAGAGUGGUGCAAGCAUCUUUGCAUAGAAUGUCUGGGUACCAGACUGAAUGAUAUAAGCCUUGGAGAGCCUGAUCUACUUGCUGCAGGAGUUCAGAGAGAGCAAAAUGAGCGAUUCAACGUAUACCUUAUGCCUACACCAAAUUUAGAUAUCUAUGGGGAAUGUACAAUGCAGAUCACACAUGAAAACAUCUAUCUCUGGGAUAUCCACAAUGCUAAGGUGAAGCUGGUCAUGUGGCCUCUAAGUUCCCUAAGGAGAUAUGGGCGUGACUCCACAUGGUUCACUUUUGAAUCUGGGAGAAUGUGCGACACAGGAGAAGGUCUGUUCACCUUUCAAACAAGGGAAGGAGAGAUGAUCUAUCAGAAGGUCCAUUCUGCAACAUUGGCUAUAGCUGAACAACAUGAAAGAUUGAUGAUGGAGAUGGAACAAAAAGCACGGCUUCAGACCAGUUUGACUGAACCAAUGACAUUACCCAAGUCAAUUUCACUUCCUCGCAGUGCAUACUGGCAUCACAUCACUCGGCAGAACAGUGCAGGAGAAAUCUACAGUUUACAAGGUCAUAGUCUUGGGUCCACAAAGGUGGCUCGUGCACAGACAUUUCCCAGCUACACCUCAGAGCAGGAUGAGGAGCAUGAGCCACGUCUGUCACUGUCUAGCAGCUAUGGAUUCAGCUACAGCUCAGGCCUCAUCCAAUGACACAUACCUUGUGUCUGACCAGAGAGACAGUCGAUUGCGGAAGCUGCCUGUAGGCCCUGAGAAACUGCUUGGUUCUUUCUUAUGUGUCCACAGAUGACAAUCUUUAGGGAAAAAUGAAGACGCAAGUCUCCAGGCUGGUGACAGUGAAACCGAAAGCUUGGAUCACUGCUUCCCUGAGGCAGAAUCUAAGUCUUUUAUUUAUUUAAAUUUUAUAUUUGGUUUUGUCUGUGUGUUUGGGUUGGAUUUUGUUUUUGGUUAAAAGGAGAAGAAGAAAGAAUUCUCUUUGAAAUCCGGAUGGUGCACAGUUCAGAUUUCUACAUGACCACAAGACUAUCUGCUCUGGAGAAGCUGAGCAUAAUGUGACACUUUCAGUGUGAGGCUUUUGCCAGUCAGUCAACCCUGUUAUGUAUGUUCAUCCACCACUGUGGCCACUUUUAUAUCCUAGGCAUCAGGCUACCAGCUGGGUCAUUCUUACUCAAUGAACAAAAUUUUAAUAAAUACUUCAGAAGGAAGGAUGCAAUCCUCCCAACAAUUAUGCACAGCUAUGCUCAUUGUCCUCAGUGGGAUUUAUGCAUUUUAAGUAACUUCAGGACUGUAGCCUAAAGUUGCAAAUCUGAGAAGGAACCAGGGACUACUAAGCAGAUUCUCAUAACUACAGCUAAUACACAAAAUAGAUGAAUAGAUAGAAUCUGUCAGUGGGAUGGUAUCACGAUGCUUAGUAGUCUUUCAGAAAAUAGAUUGUCUUGUGUAUUAAAAGGCCAUUUACCUAGCAUAUUUUCCACACAAAAGUUUUAUAUCCAGAUUCUGCUCUUACCUCUGCACAUUCUGGUCCUAAUUAUCCACACCUUCCCACUGGGAACAGUGAUUAUAGAUGUCAGGGGAAGACUGUCAUAAAGCAUCAACAAGGCCUUUCCACUGUAGAUAAUAUUUAAAUAGUCAAGUUUGAAUUUACAGUCAGUAUAUUUUUAACUAUGUAUACUGUGCAGGGGAGAAUUGACACCACAUCACUGAAUGCCAGCCCCAUGCCCCAUAGCUUUAUAGGGCAAGAUGCUUCAAUUUUGAAAAGAUAUAAUUUAAGUUCAGUUCUUGUUACUAAAGUCUAGUAACUAACAAAAUGGAUGUGCUCUUCUUUUUGUUAGCAUUUUUGUUGUUGUUAUUCUCACCUCCUUCUAUUGUCUAAUUCAGUUAUUCCUGGGACCUUAUGUACAGCCAUAAAUGAAUCAGGAUGAAAUUUCACAGCUGUUUAUAUCAUUGCAAUGUUGACUUUUUAACUGUCCCCUUGCAGUGGAUAACCACAUGCAACUGGGUUGUGUAAAGCUGAUUUUUGAGUUUAUUGAACUCCUGUUGACCCACUAUGCUCAGUUCAGUCAUUUCCCAAAGAAGAAAAAUGAAUCACACCACUGAGCAAAAGAAGUGGAAAAGGAAAUGUUCUAAGUAAGCCCUAAAAAGCAUUAUGUGAUUUAAAAAAUGCUGUUCCAAGUUAGUACCUCCUACAGGGAAUAACUAUGUAUUCACACUGUUACAGAACAAUACUGCUUUCUCACCACUCCAAUAUUAACAUCUCCAAUUUCACAUAUCCUUCCAGUUCUGGCCACAAUUGGCCCCAUACCUGUCCUCCUCUUAGAGUAUUACCGUACUUGCACACACACAAAAAAAACCCUAACUUUUUUAAAUGUAAGAAACAUUUUGAAUGACACCUCACCUCCCCCCCCCCCAAAAAAAACAUACAGUUUUGAAUAAAAACAAAAGAAUCAUGAAACAAGCAAUCUGGUCAACAUACUUUGGCACUAGUCAAGUAACCAAUUCAUUUUUUUUUCCAAGUACCAAAUGUAAUCCUGAUUAAAGGCCUGUCUAAAGAAGGCAAUUUUCAGCCUCCCAAAUGCAAGGAAGGAGGAAAUUGGAUGCUCUGACUGAAAAGGCCACUAUGUUUAAUUAAUGUAUUAAACAAUACGUAUUUUUAAUCUGCUUUCCGAUCACGUUUUCAGAACUGCUUUCAAAAAUAACAUAGACAAGUAGCUGUUUAAAACAAGCCACAUUAAACUAUGACCCAUAAUUAUAAGCUAUAAAAAUACUUCCAUCUACCCCGCAACAAAAAAAAAGUGGUAUCAACAUAGGUGCCUGGCAAAGAUGUCAAGGGAAAAUAUUCACGUUUCAGGGCAAAAAAUUCAGUCACCAUCCCAAAGAAGGUCGUCUGUCUUUGUAUGACAGCCCCCCCACCCCCCCAAUAAAGGACACUUCCAGGGUUUAAUAUCCAGACAAACGUGUGGAGACAAAUAGUUUUUCAGAUAUCCUGGUCCCAAGCUGCAUAAUGCUUUAGUAGCCAAAGCUAAAACAUUAAAGUCAUCAAUGUACACACAAAAGAGGAUCAAGGACGAAAGCUCGCCCAGUCCUGAGCUCAUAUCUAAAGCCCAGCGGGAUACUUGGUGUUUGUGCUUAUCAGGUUUUAAGACAAAAAAUAAAAAAUGAAAACCAGUGCUCCAAAUAUGCUCCAUGAGUAACCUGGCAGUAGUUUUGGCACCACAUGUAGUUUCUGAACUACGCUGCCUGCCUCUCAUCUAGGAGAAAACUUUAUUUAGCACUUUCCCAUAACACAGUUCCAUGGAAAUUUCCAUUCUGACAGCCUACCAAAAAAGGAAAAGAAAAAAGUCAACCUGCAUUGGGGAAAUGGCCGUAUGAAUACCUGUGACUUCUUGCAUAAAUUGUCUAACCUCUCAACUCUGAAAAGGUUUGAGCAAGUCAUUUCAAGAUAAACACAGUAGCUCUGUACAUGUACAAAAAUAUGUCCCCCUAAGGAUCAGGAUAUCUGUCAUGGAAUGCUUCUUUCAGAGAGACCUGAGCUGUCAGUCAAAAUGACAGGAGUAAUUCUGAUAGGAAGUCAUCAGGUUGGUUCCCACCCACCCCUGUGUUUUAGAGAUGUUAUAUAAAAUCCAUUGCAAAACAUGAAGUGUGUUGUAAAUUAGUAAAGGCACAGACACAGUAAAGGGCAUAAGAGUAAAUGUAUAAAAGGAAAUUAUUUUGUUCUGUGUACUUCGGUUUCCAUAAAGGUCAUUGUAAUGAACAUGUUGGAAACAAGCCCCCAAAGCACUAGAAACUCGAGGGAGGAACAUACAUUGUGAGCAGACUGUCAAGCAGUUGAAUUUCCUGCCUUUCAUUGUUUUAUCAGACCAGUGCAGGAUGUGCUGAGCGGAAAAGAGUGAGAGUCCUCCCCACUGGCCCUGUAAGAUCAAGUUUUAUCUAUUGCAGUUUGAAGAAUUGAAAAAAGGGUUUUUUUAUAAAUGGUGUGGAAGAAAUGUCUGCUUUGAUUAAAUGUUUAUUGAUACAUGGUAGUGGGAGGUUUUUCUUCUCCCAAGCCAUUCCAGCAGUCUAAAAGGCUGCAGGCUUAUAGACCUCAGUGAACAGUUGCUGAAUGAAGCUGGGGAGUGAUCUGAUGGGAUUAAUUAUGUAAUCUCCCUGAUGAACCCAAGUUCUGUUGUUUAUUCUUCUUAACUCACCCACUGCAUUUGCAUGGCCCCAAAGCAGCAACCUCUUUGGUGAAACCCAACACUAUUUCUGAUCGUGGGUUGUUGCCAAACAUUCCUCUGGGGGAUCUGCAGUAAUCUACAUUUGCUAAUUUAAAUAUUAAAUUGUAUUCACACUUUUCCUUUAAAGAAAAAAGUUCGGUUCAAGACAAUGAAUCUAUUGUCCAAACAUUUGCAAUCUCUUAACAAUAAUGGAACAAGAUUUUACACAGGAUGAAAAACUCCCUAUAUUUUCCACUAAUACCAUUGUUGCAUUAUAUUGAGAAGUUAUAACUCUAGAUAAACACUCAGCAUCCUCCCAGCAGGCAUGUACCAUUAAUUUAGCUUGGAUUCCAAAUAACAUUUGAAGAGUGAAAAAUUCCAGUAGCAUAGCUGUACUGAGAUAAUGUAUAAACUCAGAGUUUGUGUUGUUGUGCAACAAGUUGUAGGACCAUAUAAAACUGGUUUAGAUUCCUCCUUUGCACUAACUCUAAAACUUGAUUUCUGCCAGUGGAAUGGACCACAUGCUAGUACAAAAACACCAUUGGAUUUAAGCUAAUGCCCUUGGACUCUAAACAUAUGUUCUCUAGAUAAGAAUACCCAAUCCAUAUAUAUAUUAUGUUUCUCAAGUAAUCCAGAUGACUAUAUUUCCUUCUCGUGCUUAGAAAUUAGUCCUAUUAUUUCAGUUAAGUGUAACAUUAUAACAUAUGUUCAGCAUUGUACACUAAAUGUGCAUCACAUAACCUCCCUGUCUAGGAGUAUCUUUAUAUACUUCUUUCAUAGCAUAUUCUGUUAGAGUGACAUGUCAUAAAGGCAACUGGGCACAAUUCCUUUUGAUUGGUGAAAUAGAUGUUAUUUUUUUAUUACUUACAGCUGUGUUCCAAAGGCUGCAAGAGCUUUCAGAAUGUAUUGCUAUAUCAUUAAAAACAAUAUACACACACAGGGAUUACAAUGUGAAGGAUAAAUUAAAAAAAUUCAACAGCACAUUAUCAUUCUUUAUCAUAAAUCCUAGAGGUUUAAUAUGAGGCAUCUAUAGUGUACACCGUUGCAUGUCUAAUACAGCUAUGCAAUUUGCCCAAGGCAAAUAAACUUCCUUCCACUCCAAGCAGUUUUCUAGUGCAGUUGAUCAAAUUGCUUUUUGAUAGAUAAGAAAAUAUAUUUGACUGGGCAAACUGCUGCGCUGUUUUAUCCUUAAAGUUUAUUCUGUACACAUACAAGAUAACAGAGGGAUGUAUCUGAAAUCAUUGGGUGGCCACAGUUAUUGUCAAAUAAGUCAUGCAUGAGAUUCUUGAUCACCCCAGUGAUUGCAACACAUGCUUCUGUUGAUGUAAUAAAGCCAAAUUAUUAAUCCAAUGUGUUGUGGACAGAUAAAAAAAUAUGGUAGUUGUACUAUAUUUAAGAAGUUCCUAAAUUUGGAAAAGAAACUUUGGAGUGAUGGCAAUUCCCCCCUACCUGUACAUGACACUAUAGAACAUUCUGUACCCAGAUAUAGUAGCUCAACAGACUCAUCCAUGCCAGCUAGUUGAUGGAGCAAUCUGUAGGGAUGGCUGGCAUCUUCCAUUGACCCUUCAGUUCAAAGUCCAAAUUCUAUUGUGAUCUCAAACAAGCUGACUAAAAAGUGCAACAUUUUACAGAAAAGUUGAUAGCUGAAUAAUGGUCACAUUUCAUGAUACAUCAAUAGCUAGUAACUGCCUUCUGCAUCCCCACCCCUCUGACCUAACACAUUAUUUUUCCUAAUAUAAAAGUAAACAUCAGGAACCUGCUCCAUUGAAAUACAUGAAUCACCUUGUAAGUGGCAGGCAUGGGGCUUCCAACACAGACUGAGGUAUUGUUGAGCACCAAAGGUUAAAGAUCUCCUACCAGUCCACAAAAUUCCACAUCCUGAUCGGUGCCCUUGGGCUGAGACAGAAUGUUUUAUUUUUAAAAGGGGGGGAGGGAAAACAGAGACAUAACUACAAUCUGCAUUUAUAAAGUAUGUAGUUUGGCUCUAAUUUAUUUCAUUUUGACCACUGAUAAUAAUCAUAGAAUUGUUUAAGUGAACGGAUGAGAGUUUUCCUAAACUUUUAACAUUCUUUGGGAUGGAAUCUAAUCUUUGUUAAUUAUUCUAAGAGUAGGACUGGUUAGUCUUGAUAACUAGUCCACAGUUAAAAUGUGAUUUUCUGUUUGUGUUAUGAUGAAUUAGUAGUGCACAGUUAAUAGGUAUGGCACAAAGUCCUUUCUUGACUCUAUCUUGCCUAAUUAUUGCUGUUAUAUUUAUAUAUGGAGUGCAUUUCUUCUCUAUCUUUCAAAACUACAAUCUUUCCAAAGAUGGUUUACAAUAUAAAACAUAAAAGUCAGUAUCAAUUGCCCAAAUCAUUAAAACUUCAACCAACCAUACCUAUUCCACAUAUCCCAAAACUACCUUCUUGUUUCCCUGGUGAUUUUUUAGGUUCUUAGAGAGUACUGUGGUAACAAUAGCCCCAUACUUGCUCUCACAUGGCAAUUCGAUUUUUUUAAGAAAACAGUUAUAUUCUUAUAUUAGGCUAGAAUGAAUUGUUGAGGUUCAUCAUACUUAAAGAAUCUCACUUUCAAAUACAGUGCACUAAGAAAACCCCAAUUUUAGAAUCAUUAACAAUUGGGGUGGAGGGAUGUCAUUCAUAUCUAGUUCAGCAAGAAACUUCAGUUAAAGAAAGACUGCCCUAACAUCUGUCAUGGAUAGAAAGUAAUUUAAGUGUGUAUGGAGCAAAGUGGGUUUCAGCUGUUUUAAAACGGCAUUCAGCUGCUGUUCACUGAUGCUCUCUUUUGACUGAAUGGUACAUUUACUGUUAUUUCUUGUUCUACUAAUGGAAAGAAUUAAAUACACUGCUCUUCUGCUCUGUGUGAUGUGAUGAUCCAGUUUUCCCUGUGAACCAAAGCAUUUAUGAGAUUUGAAUUAAAACCAGAUUAAACAAA